AUGUUACUCACACUCCUAAAACAUAUUUCUAAAUUGCAACUACCUAGUGUUUAAAUUCCACACCUUCAAUUUUUUUUUUAUCUUGAACACAGCUUGUACAUCUUUGUAUGAUGAACACCACUAGAACAUUAGCUAUGUCCACAACUACAAAGAAAGAGUUUGGUAAUUCUAAAGAAGAAAAUGAGCUGAGAAGAGGACCUUGGACUCUUGAAGAAGAUAGCUUACUAAUACACUAUAUUGCUCGUCAUGGUGAAGGUCGUUGGAAUAUGUUAGCCAAAAGUGCAGGAUUAAAGAGGACUGGAAAAAGCUGCAGACUCAGAUGGUUGAAUUACUUGAAACCUGACAUUAAGAGAGGGAACCUUACACCACAAGAACAAUUGUUGAUCCUUGAACUUCAUUCCAAGUGGGGUAACAGGUGGUCAAAAAUUGCUCAGCAUUUACCAGGAAGAACAGAUAAUGAGAUAAAGAACUAUUGGAGAACAAGGGUGCAAAAACAAGCACGCCAACUUAACAUUGAAUCUGGUAGCAAGAGAUUCAUUGAUGCUGUUAAGUGUUUUUGGAUGCCAAGAUUGCUUCAAAAAAUGGAACAGAACACUUCUCCAAGCUUUGAUAACUCUUCUUCUAUGACAAAUAUGAAUAAUUUUGGAAAUUCUAUUGAAGCUUCAACUAGUAAUAGCUUCAAUAUUCCUUCUAUGUCUCCAUCAUCCUAUCCACAGAGAGGAUUCAUAGAUGCUUCAAAUGGAAAUCAUUUAAGUACUAUGUCAACCAGCUUCAACAAUCCUUCUUUGGAUUUCUUCCAAUUUUCACAGCCACUUGAAAACUCAAAAAGUGCUCCAAAUGUGUUUGAGAACAAUUUCUAUAAUGGCCCAAUCCAAGACAAUUUCUGCAUUGAUGAUACCAAUAACUAUGGCUUGGAAGGUCUAAACCUUGAUCCAAUGUCUUCAAUGGAAACUUAUGACUUUUCACAGUUUGAUUUACAAACUACAGAAAGUGGUUGGAUGUUAGACAACAUGGCUAAUACUUUGUGGAACAUGGAUUCUAUGUGACAGUGUACCUGAAAAUAUUACUACUACUAAUAA